UGUUGACGCGCGAGAGUCAAAAUCGAAAUUUAUUUUUGGGCCUAAUUAUAGUGUAGUAGAGUUGUGACAUAUAAUAAUAUAAAAUGUGAUACUAACAUGUCACUUUGCAUGCAGUAGGAUUUUGAAUUGUGACGUAACAUCGCCAGAUAAUUUUCCAGCCUGAGUGGACUUGCAUCCAUUAUAAAUAAGACCCCAACAGUGAGCUUCCUAAACAAAAGUACAGCAGUUGCCUCCUGAAGAAAAUGGCGACAGUGGGAUUACGGUUGAUGUUCCGCCAUGUACCCAGCAAUCACCACAGCCUGCUAACCAGUCUCAGUGAUGUCUUGCGAACACACACGACCCGCAGGUGUAGCAGGAAAUUAUGGAGAUGUUCUGCCUCUCAGUGGAAUUCUCAACGCUCGUUUGCAAGUGGUUCCCAGACGGACAUUUACAUUUCAAGUCCGCGACCUCCUGUCACCAUACCAAACGAACCAUUCGCAGAAUUCAUGUUGUCAUCCAUCAGACAGUAUGGCGACAUAACGGCUCUGGUUGAUUUCCCAACCGGAAGAAGCUAUACGUAUACCCAGCUGCAUGAUGCCACCAUUAAGUUGGGCAGCGCCCUCUACAAGUUAGGAUAUCGCAAGGGAGACAGACUUCUGAUAUUUAUUGCUAACUGCCCCGAAUACGCUAUUGUUGUCAUGGCCUGCGCUGCUUUAGGAGUUAUUGUUUCAACAUGCAACCCUUCGUAUAACUCAGUGGAAUUGGCUAGACAGCUGGUACAUUCUGGAUCAACUUCAGUUGUCUGCUUUCCCGAGCUGGUUGGAACUGUGAAAGAGGCCAUAUCCUCCAACAAUCUGCUAUCUCAAACGGUGAAGGAAAUAAUCGUGAUUGGCGAAUCUGACGGUUGUCGGCCAUUUUUUCCACUUUUGGAAGACGACGGAAAGUCUUUCCCAGAGAAUGUCGACAUUGAUCCGCAGAAUGAUCUCUUGGUUCUUCCCUACUCCAGUGGGACGACUGGACUCCCCAAAGGCGUCAUGCUGACUCACAGCAACGUCACGGCUAAUAUUAAACAAAUAUGUCCUGCUUUGCCCAUGGAAGCUGGGAAGGAUCGGCUGCUAGUAAUUCUGCCGACGUUUCACAUCUACGGAAUGGUCGCGUCGCUUUAUGUCACUUUGUUCCAAGGCGUUACCAUGGUGACCUUGCCGAGUUUUGUCCCGCCACAAUUUAUAAACGCCCUACAGAAGCACAAGAUUACCCAGCUGCAGCUUGUGCCACCGCUAAUCGUGUUUUUGGCCAAAGAACCCAAAGUGGGCCCUUCUGAACUGACACACGUGACCGGGAUCCUCUGCGGUGCCGCACCGUUAGGGAAGGGAGUCACUGCGGAGUUGGAAAAGAAGUGCAACGCACCAAUCAUUCAAGCCUAUGGGUUGACCGAGACCUCACCAGCAACUCAUUUUGACAAGGUCCCUCCGAAACAUGGAACUAUUGGACAGCUGUUAUCUAACACGGACGGAAAGAUUGUUGACCCAACCACUGGGGUGUCUCUAGGCCCAAACCAGACGGGUGAAAUGUGCAUUCGCGGACCACAGGUCAUGAAGGGUUACCUGGACAACGAAGAAGCAACCAGACAUACCGUGAAGAAUGACUGGUUACACACAGGUGAUAUUGCUUUUUAUGACGAAGAUGGCUACUUCACGGUCACUGAUAGACUGAAGGAACUGAUCAAGUACAAAGGAUUUCAGGUCCCCCCAGCUGAAAUCGAGGCACUGCUCCUGACUCACCCCGACAUCAAGGACUGUGCCGUUGUGGGAGUUCCCGACGAGGCGUCUGGCGAGUUACCGCGAGCCUACAUCGUGGCUAAGUCUGGCAAACACGUCAACACUGACGAAGUCGCCAAGUUCGUGGAAAAACAUAUGGUGUCCUACAAAAAACUGCGAGGAGGAGUGGAAGUCAUUGAUGCAAUUCCCAAGACUGCGAGUGGCAAGAUCAUUCGCCGGUGCACACGACAAUCGGAACAUGGUGUUUAUAAUUCAAAGUCUUCUUAUGGCCAUGGAAUUCUAACCGAUUGUGUAAUCGAAAGUUGAUCGGUUGGUGCUGACCGAUUAUAACCGAUGAUCGAUGAUGAAAUCCCAACCGAUUCCCAUCACUAGUUGAAGCUAUGAGUUGUCAGCCAGAUGAAGCGCGGGUGUCUCGUCUGGUCUUGACUGUCAGGGAUUCACGUGGUAAUGACAUAACCAAUGAUCGAUGAUGAAAUCCCAACCGAUUCCCAUCACUAGUUGAAGCUAUGAGUUGUCAGCCAGAUGAAGCGCGGGUGUCUCGUCUGGUCUUGACUGUCAGGGAUUCACGUGGUAAUGACAUAACCAAUGAUCGAUGAUGAAAUCCCAACCGAUUCCCAUCACUAGUUCAAGCUAUGAGUUGUCAGCCAGAUGAAGCGCGGGUGUCUCGUCUGGUCUUGACUGUCAGGGAUUCACGUGGUAAUGACAUAACCAAUGAUCGAUGAUGAAAUCCCAACCGAUUCCCAUCACUAGUUCAAGCUAUGAGUUGUCAGCCAGAUGAAGCGCGGGUGUCUCGUCUGGUCUUGACUGUCAGGGAUUCACGUGGUAAUGACAUAACCAAUGAUCGAUGAUGAAAUCCCAACCGAUUCCCAUCACUAGUUCAAGCUAUGAGUUGUCAGCCAGAUGAAGCGCGGGUGUCUCGUCUGGUCUUGACUGUCAGGGAUUCACGUGGUAAUUACAUAACAGAUAGCCGACUAAACAAAACAACUGAUUCUGUGUUUGGGUUGUUGGUGUUUGUACAUGGCGGGUGACCUCGUUACGUAUUACAGACACAGUCAGGUUACAACUUACUAGAUUAUUAUGUUGGAUAUUGGGUGUCAAACUGGCAAUGUUUUAACCCAUCACGGUAUUUACUUGAUUUUAUUAUUAUUAUUAUUAUUAUUAUUAUUUUAAAGAUGUACUAAAUUAUAUGAGGUGCUACAAUAUGAAUAAAAUACGUUUGCACUUUUA